AUGGACACUGUUCUAAUCAAAGACGGUAAGCCACCAAUGGAAGAUUUGAUGACUACACUGCUAUGGAAUAAAGAAAAGUCACCGCUGUGUCUAGAAUUUGGCGAGCUCAUCACUGAAGCAAUGAACAUGUUCAGUGUCGCUGGAGAAAACACUGAGAUCGGAGCUACGAAUGUCAUAUAUUUAAUAGCGCGCCAUCCCAGGGCCACCAGAAAAUUGUGCCUGGAGCUGAACGCGGCUUUGGGUAAUGAUAAAGGAACCUUGCCGACGUAUGAUGCCAUCAAAGACAUGCCAUAUCUUCGAGCGUGCAUUGAUGAGGGAUUGAGGCUCCGACCUUCGAUCGAACUCGGAUUGCCACGUAUUGUCUCUAAGGGUGGUAUGCAUAUUUCAGGGGAAUUGUUGGAAGAAGGAACCACUAUCUCCGCAUCCACCCGCACCAUUCAUCGCGAUAGCACAAUAUUUGGCAACAACCCGGACGAGUUUUUGCCCGAUCGUUGGCUUCGUUCGAAUAGCAAGGACAUGCAGCGGGGAAACCUUGAAUUCUCGCAAGGGGGUCGAGCUUGUGUUGGACGAAAUAUUGCUUUAUUUGAAAUGCAACUCAUCAUUGCAACCCUGUUUUGGAAAUAUAAUCUUACACUCCCAUCACCAGACUGGGAGCUCGGGAUAAAAGAAGGAUUCAGUGCACAUACCUUGGCCCUACCGAUGAACCUUCAGCCACGCUCCUAG